AUGCUCUCCAUCAAAGCCUACAAAAGGAGGGUAAUUGGCUUAUUUACCACUUUCCAGAUUUAUAUUCAGGUUUAUGCGAUUUACAUCUCCUCAGUAGUUAAUAAAUAAAUUAAAACGAAUUAAAUAAAUUUGGUAUUUUCCCUGAAAAUUCACAGUUUUGAAUAAGAACUGAAAAACAUAUUAUUGACUCAAAGAUAUCGGCCUUUAUCAAACGGACGCAGACGUUAAGGAGGACUGCUACCAUAAGACCUCCAAGAAUAAAGAAGGAGAUUAAGCUAACAAAAUGGCAGAAAGUGAAGCGCAAGUUAUGCUGCAAAAGCAAUAAAAAGAAUGCCGAAGAUUCGGAAGAAGACGAUGAAGAAUACUUCGCAAAAGUCUCAAACCUAACAGAGUUUUGGAAAUAAAGAAGCUGAAAAAGAAGGUCCUCAUAAUUCAGUAAGAGCGCGGAAAAAUUGGGCUACUUCGAAGAGAAGAUUGUUGCUGCAGAAAUUUAUCGCAUGAGCUCCUAUUUAUCGGGAUAGUUUAGCUGUAUCUCAGCAAAAAUUAAAUUCCAGGAUUAUUGAUUACUUUACAAGCUUUGCAGCGAUAACGGACUUAUGCUUUUGAAUCUACUAUUUCUUUAAAUCCAAUAUUGGAGGGUUGCUUUUCAUCCUUCUGUUCCCGAUCUUUAUGGUCUAUAUGGGGCUAAAUUUCCGUGAGAAGUAUCACAAUGGAUACCACUGGGUGAAUGAUUACAAAAUGAUUGCCAUAAAUUACCUUAAGUUUAAUUUCUGGUUUGAUCUGUUGUCAACGUUUCCGUUCACAAUCUUUCACUGGAGUUUGGUUAUAUUCCGAUUUUUGAAAUUUAUGUACUUCUACGAAUACCUAGAGUGUAUCUGAGAUUUAGUGAAGUACACCCGAAUUAAGAAGAACAGACAAGUUAAUUUACAAAAGAUUAUAAAAUUCUUGAUAUUCUUUGUGUUCCUUAUCAACCUUUUCGCAUGAUUCUGGAUCUAUGUGGGUGAAAGUGAAGCAGAGAGCAGCUGGAUCGUCGUUAAUCAAGAAUUGGACAUGAAUGAUGAGAAUUACGACAGAGAUGUUUAUAUAGGCAGCGUCUAUUUUAUCAUAGCAACAUUCUCCACUGUGGGAUAUGGAGAUGUUACAGGCGUCACUUCUGGAGAACUCAUAUUCCAACUCAUCAUUGAAUUCGCUGGUGUGUGUAUUUUUGGAUUCAUUACCGGUAAUAUUGGAGAGCUUUUUGUCAGCUCUGAAUCUAUCUUUCAAUUGAAGGAAAAGAAGAUUGACGAAGUAAAUUUUUGGUUACUCCAACUACAAAGAGCCCAAUCUGCGAAGAUUCUUCAUGUUGACUAUUUCAAUCAUAUCAAUAAUUUUUACACCAUAUGUUGGGAUAAAGACUUUGGAGAAAUUGAGAAAAGCGAGUUUUAUAAGCAACUAAAGCCUAAACUUCAAAACGAGCUGUGAGAUAGCCUUUUCGAUUUGCUAUAUAAUGAAUUCAGCAGCUUCUUUGAUCAACUUGAGACCGAUUUUAAUCGAGAAAUAGCUAAGAAAUUGAAAUAUCAACACUUUGAGAUUUUUGAACCUUUUCAGGAAAAAUAUAAGAAAGACAAGCAUUCGAUGCCUCCAACUCAGGAUUGAUGAAUCUUACCAAAAGGAUUCGUGCCUAAUGGGGUUUAUUUUAUUCUUAAAGGGCAAGUUUUCGGAAGUAAUAAUACUGGCAGAUAUUGCUAUUUUAAACUUAGAGAGAAGUCGCAAUUUGGUGAGACCCAUCUUAUAGACAAUAUACCUUUAGAAUAUUCUAUCCAUUAUGAUGUUCAACAAGCUGUCUCAACUCUGUUCAUAUCAAAAUCUGAUUUUAUGGAGGCAUGUAGGAAGUAUCCUUAUUCUAAGCAGAUCAUCCAGCAAAGAUCUGAAGUUAGAAGGAGAACCUUCAAGCAACUAAAGUUGGAGACUCUGAAUGAUGUCAUUGUUAGAGCUUGUAGCUUAGAAGCUUUGUCUGAAAACUAUGAACGAUGCAAGGCUAAGAUUGAUCUAUACAGACUAAUAAACCCAGCACUUAUAGAGAUAGUUGUUUUGAACAACCCAAAAAUCCAAAAAUUGCUGAAGGAAAGGUGCCAAGGAAGUUCAUACAGCUUGGAUAAUAUGAAAAAGUCCAUCUUCACAGACAAGGAUGCUGACAAGAGCUGUCUCGUUGAGGAAGAGAAGCACUCAAAGAUCCUAAAUUAUAACGAUGAUGAAGUCAAGACCAAGGACCAAGAUGAUAUUAACACCAACGAAAUUAUGAAACAGAAGAGCAUGUACGAAGUUGACUGCGACAAAGAGGAUUAUGAGAGUGGCAUGUCAGAUGAUUACCAAGAAGAAAUCAUGAUCAAAGAUAUCUCAACUCCUUUUUCAGAGAAAAGUUCUAACAGAGGAGUGUCCAAUCAGUGGAAUACAAAUCAGAGUGAAGAAGAAGACCAAGAAAAUCCCCAAGAUUUAGGAGAGAACUUUUCAAAAAGAGUGAAGAUGAAUAACCUCAUGGUCAGUGAAAUUCCUAAGGAAUCUGAUACCGCUGGAAAGAAUGAGGAUGAAGAUUGGCCUGAAUUUACCGAAACCCAUAGACGAAUGCAUACUAAUAGCGGAUUGUUGGACAAAAAUGAUCAAGAUUACAAAUUAUCCAAACCAUUUUCUUCAAAAUAUUUACAUCGAGAUAAUUACGAGUAUGAAGGAGGUGAGAACCAAGAAGAAACUAAAGAUGAUAAAGCAGGCGAAAAGAAGAUGUAUACAGAAGAUGACCUCCUAACUCCAGAAUAUAAAGACAAAGAAGCCUUCCUUGAGGCAAGAAAGAAUAUAUGGAAAAGCGUAAACUCCCUUGAAAAAGUUCAGAAGUUAAUUUCAAAGUCAAAAUGGAUCCAGUUCCCUUACAAAAAUGAAAUAUGAGAAGAGUUUUAUGACUUGUAUCAGAAUACUGAUAGUUCUGCCUAGAAUUAGAUAUGUGCAAUAGUGAUUAAUUCCUUUAGAAAGAUCAAUCUCAGUUGUGUUAAGGAUAUGAUAAAACUUUAGAAGAAGAAUUCAAC